AGCUCUGCGGCUUAGAGAACUUGGGCUCUGUGUUCAGCCGGGUGCCUUGCUCCCUCCAGCACCAUGCCUUACAACUGCUGUCUGCCCAACAUGAGCUGCCGCUCCACUUGCUCCUCCCGGCCCUGCGUGCCCCCCAGCUGCCACACCUGCACCCUGCCCGGGGCCUGCAACAUCCCCGCCAAUGUGGGCAACUGUGGCUGGUUCUGCGAGGGCUCCUUCAAUGGCAGCGAGAAGGAGACCAUGCAGUUCCUGAACGACCGCUUGGCCAGCUACCUGGAGAAGGUGCGCCAGCUGGAGCGGGAGAACGCGGAGCUGGAGAGCCGCAUCCGGGAGUGGUGCCAGCAGCAGGUGCCCUUCGUGUGCCCCAGCUAUCAGUCCUACUUCCGGACCAUCGAGGAGCUCCAGCAGAAGAUCUUGUGCAGCAAGGCAGAGAAUGCCAGGCUGGUGGUGCAGAUUGACAAUGCCAAGCUGGCCUCAGAUGACUUCAGGACCAAGUAUGAGAUGGAGCUGGGCUUGCGGCAGCUGGUGGAGUCGGACAUCAAUGGCCUGCGCCGGAUCCUGGAUGAGCUGACCCUGUGCAAGGCCGACCUGGAGGCCCAGGUGGAGUCCCUGAAGGAGGAGCUUCUGUGCCUCAAGCAGAACCACGAGCAGGAAGUCAACACCCUGCGCUGCCAGAUUGGAGACCGCCUCAACGUGGAGGUGGACGCAGCCCCCACUGUGGACCUGAACCGUGUGCUCAACGAGACCAGGAGUCAGUAUGAGGCCCUGGUGGAGACCAACCGCAGGGACGUGGAGGAAUGGUUCACCACCCAGACCGAGGAGCUGAACAAGCAAGUGGCGUCCAGCUCGGAGCAGCUGCAGUCCUGCCAGGCAGAGAUCAUCGAGCUGAGACGCACGGUCAACGCCCUGGAGAUCGAGCUGCAGGCCCAGCACAACCUGAGGAACUCCCUGGAGAACACACUGACGGAGACGGAGGCACGCUACAGCUCCCAGCUGGGCCAGGUGCAGUGCAUGAUCAGCAACGUGGAGUCCCAGCUGGCUGAGAUCAGGUGUGACCUGGAGCGGCAGAACCAGGAGUACCAGGUGCUGUUGGACGUCAAGGCCCGGCUGGAGUGCGAGAUCAACACGUACCGGGGCCUGCUGGAGAGUGAGGACUGCAAGCUCCCCUGCAACCCAUGCGCUACAACCAAUGCAUGUGACAAGCCCAUUGGGCCUUGUGUCUCCAAUCCUUGUGCCCAACGUGCUUGGUGCGGACCUUGCAACACCUUUAUUCGCUAG